GGGGGCAACAGCGAGCGAAGCUACCGUCAACCAGGCUGUAAAGUGCAACAAAAUGAUGGCUGUCGAUUAAUCUUGCCUUUUAAUUACCGUACAGACACGGAGAUACUUUGUUGGAUAAACCGUUAUCUUGUCAUUUUUCUGCCUGGAGAGAUCCAGCGGGCUGAACCGAUCACCGCCGGGCCUCGUCGUCGUGGCCCAGCAGGACUCGAGUGAAGUUGGGAGCGGACGGCCAAACUUCUGCUUCCUCCAGCGGCUCUCCGCCUGCAGGGCCCGGGGCUCCUGUCACCGGCCCUGUGGAUGACGAAGUGAUCACACAUCCAAUCGACCACCAGGAGAAAGGAAUCCCUUUGAUGGGAGAAUCCUCUUUCCUGGCCUCCUGGGUCAAUCGCCGUGCCAUGAUGAUGGAUGAGCAGGAGGCCCUGAACUCGAUCAUGCAGGACUUGGCCGAACUGCACCGCUCUAGCCGUCCUGCCAUGUACUUGUCGGACCUGGGAAAACCUAAAGCCUCCUCACCCAAGAACCAGAACGAUGUCAGAGUGAAGUUCGAGUUCAAAGGGGAGAAGAGGAUCUUGCAGUUCCCUCGACCUGUCAAGCUGGACGACCUGAAGGCAAAAGCUAAAGUGGCUUUCGGUCAGACGAUGGACCUUCACUACACCAACAAUGAGUUGGUGAUUCCACUGACCACUCAGGACGACUUGGACAAGGCUGUGGAGCUGCUGGAUCGCAGCGUUCACAUGAAGAGCCUGAAGAUCCUCCUGGUGCUCCAGAUGUCCUCUCAGAACUCUUCCUCCAAUAUGGACCUCUUACCGUCCCACGAGGAGCUGGACAACACAGGAUUCAGGGUUGCUGACAAGAAGAGUAUGCUGGCUUUGAUAGGCUCCCAUUCGACAGACCGCAGCUCUCCUCCUCCAGGAUACAUCCCCGACGCGCUGCAGCAGGUGGCGAGGAACGGCUCCUUCACCAGCAUCAACAGCGAGGGAGAGUUCAUUCCUGAGAGCAUGGACCAGAUGCUGGACCCACUGUCUAUGAGCAGCCCAGAAAACUCAGCGUCUGGAAGUUGUCCUUCUUUAGACAGCCCUCUGGACAGUGACUACCCAAAGUCCAGGAUGCCCCGAGCACAGAGCUACCCAGACAACCACCAGGACUUUCCAGAGUACGACAUCCCAGUGUUUGAGAAGUCGGGGAAAGGUGGAACAUACCCUCGACGAUACGGCAUUCCUUUCGGCCUUCAGGAUUACAGUGAUGGGAGGAAGACCUUCCCUCGGGCUCGGCGAACGCAGGUUCACGGCUUCCGCUCGCCGGUUAACUUCAGCCCGACUGAGCAGUCGCCCAGCACCAGCAGCGGCAGCAGCGUCUUCACCCCGGACCUGGAAGAGGCCCCGGGUCCCGCCAGGAGGCCGCGGAGGGGCAGCGACAUCGAACCCAACCCAACUCCCACUCCAACUCUGUCUGUAAUGGACAUCAGCCCACCCAGCCGCUCUCCACGCGCCCCAACAAACUGGCGGCUGGGGAAGCUGCUGGGUCAGGGCGCCUUUGGACGGGUUUUCCUCUGCUACGAUGCUGAUACUGGACGGGAACUGGCAGUCAAACAGGUCCAGUUUGACCCUGAGAGUCCAGAGACCAGCAAGGAGGUGAGCGCGCUAGAGUGUGAAAUCCAGCUCCUGAAGAAUUUGUGCAACGAGCGGAUCGUCCAGUAUUACGGCUGUCUGCGAGACACGAUGGAACGAACGCUCUCUAUCUUCAUGGAGUACAUGCCGGGCGGAUCCAUUAAGGAUCAGCUGAAGUCGUACGGAGCGCUGACAGAAAACGUGACGCGCCGCUACACCCGACAGAUCCUGGAGGGGGUUUCCUACCUGCACAGCAACAUGAUCGUCCACAGAGACAUCAAAGGGGCCAACAUCCUGCGUGACUCUGUGGGGAACGUGAAGCUGGGGGACUUCGGGGCCAGCCGGCGGCUGCAGACCAUCUGUCUGUCAGGAACAGGCAUCAUGUCUGUGACCGGCACCCCCUACUGGAUGAGCCCGGAGGUCAUCAGUGGAGAAGGCUACGGCAGGAAGGCUGACAUCUGGAGCGUCGGCUGCACUGUAGUGGAGAUGCUGACGCAGCGACCCCCGUGGGCGGAGUUCGAGGCCAUGGCAGCCAUCUUUAAGAUCGCCACCCAGCCCACCAACCCCGUGCUGCCCGCCCACGUGUCGGACCACUGCCGAGAGUUCCUCAAACGCAUCUUUGUAGAGACGAAGCAGCGGCCGUCUGCUGAUGAGCUGCUGAGGCACAUCUUUGUACAUUAACCCCUGAACCUUUAACCGCCCGCCCGCCCGCCUGUCGAACUGCAGGAUACGGCCUUACCUGCCUCUGACCCCGCCCCCUCCACCUCCACGCUGGAGCAGGAGGAACAGGCUGGGGUGUGUGUGUGUGUGGGCGGGGGGGGAGGGGGGUGCUUACCUGCUCCUCCUGAGUCUCUGUUUGUAUGAGACUGCCAUAGAGGACAUGAAUUUUUAUUUUAUUUUUCUCCGCAAGUUGCACCUUAAUUUCUCAAAGCAGGAGGAGUGGAGCACUUCCUCCUGAAGCGACGAAAAACGACUCUUUGAAAAACGUCUCCUUUUUUAUGUUUGUACGGUUUCUCUCUUCAAACGUUGUGGAGUGGGAUAGUGUCGGUGUCGUGGACCUACAGGAGGUGAUGCCUGACUCUCGAGUGGCCCCGCCCCUCCCAUCUCGCUGACCUGACCCCAGAAUGUAGUCUCCUGCCAAAACCCAGAGCGACGGCGAUGAGCUGGGCCCGCUGCUAUAGACGAAACUCAACCCCAGAUGUAGAGAACACUCCCCGAAAAACGGUUCCCCUCGUCCUUUUCCUCUCCGUCUUUCUGAUCUCACAGACGAAACGUUUUGUCUCUCUGCUUUACUGUCUGUAAACUUCCUUUCCUCCUCCUCUUCCUCCUUCAUCAUCGUUCUUCGCCGUGUGCCUUUUCUGUUUUUUAAACGCAGUGUAGGAGUGAGUUCAUGGGUAAUCUCCGUUGUUCUUAGCCCCAAGGGUUUCUUAGUGUUGUUUUGCCUGCCGGAUAAACUGCCUUCGCACCGUUAGCCCAAAUCCAGCUGAGCUCACUUCAGCCGUUAUUUCCAUUUCUGCCUUUUCUGUCACAGGGACUCCUCCUCUACCUGCUAACCAAAUAUCCUUCAGUCCUGCUCACCACGCUGGUUCAGUAGUCAAGUGUAGCUGGUGAAUUCUGGGAUGUACCCGCUAACUGGUACUCAGACAGGGACUGGUACUCCUGUUAUGGUCUUUAGAGACGGCAACAGCCACUUUCUCUUCAAACACACCCUGCUCUCCGCUGCUGCUCAGAUACCCCUCUUCGACCAAGUCAAAGUUUAUUUAUAGAGCACAUUAAAAAACAACCUCAAUUGACCAAAGUGCUGUACAGUUAUUAAAAUACAAUAAAUAUAUCCUACACAAAUGUACUAAUAAAUAAAAACGAUGAAAACAAAAUGCUUAAAACAAUAAAAUAGUAAUAAAAACUCAAUCUAAAAAGAGAGUUAGAGUUAAAAAAGAAAAUCAAAGAAUAAACAGUAAGGCUGAAAGACAGGAAAACUGGUUCCAGAGCAGCACCAACUCUUUGCUGGUCUUUAACCACGAACAGCUUACGUCAGGGCCUGAGGGCGGGAUUAUCGUGAUCGAGAACAACGAAAACAAGCAUAAGCUUACAAAAAAAAGUCUAACAUUAACAUCUUACUGUCCGUGUCUAGACGAGCAGCACCAAUUUGUAGAGAGACGAUGUAGUCUGCAGUGUUGACUUUGGUCGAAAAGGGGUAAAAGUGUUGACGAUCAGACUCUUGUCAUGGCAGGUCGGAGGUGGAUUGUUGGUAAAUGUCGGUACAAACACAGUUCAGUUGUGAUUUCUGCAUCUCUGCCAUGACAACAGUGAAGCAGCAGAGAGGCGUGUUGCAGCGAGGCCAGAAGCUCACAGCUGAUUGGCCGGAGGUCUGGCUGUAUGACGCUGUUGUCACUAUAUUUCAAACUAAAGAGUAGAGUGGUUAGUCAGGACAUUACUAUCUGUCUCUAAGCUGCUCAUCCUUUAACCACAGGUACGUUUCUAGUAGGGCUGGGCGAUAUGGACCAAAAGUCAUAUCCUGAUAUAUUUAGGCUGAAUAUCGAUUUACAAUAUAUAUCCCGAUAUUUUUAUUGCAAAGUGAGAGCAAAUGUUCAGUCAAAGUCAAAUAUGACAUGUCACAAGUAGUUUUAUUGAAACCGCUUAAGUGAACAUAAAUACAGUAUAACAACAGGAGAACCGUUUAUUAAAAUCAAAGCUCAAUAAAGUGCACAUUUAAAUAAAAAAAUAUCUUAAAUAAAAGCUGCAGUUUGUCUGGAGCAAGGAUCACAGUGCAAAUUUGAACUAUAUCGAUAUAUAUGCGAUGUGGUCUAAUUCCAUAUCACAUUUAAAAAUAUAUCAAUAUGUCUUCUAUAUCGAUAUAUCGGCCAGCCCUAAUUUUUAGGUCUCUUCAUUUGCUGCAAUCGGUACAUUUUUUGCAUCACGCUGCCAUACUGGAGCACUCCUGUCAGAUAUCUUGCUGUUUGUUAUUUUCCUCACAUGCACUCCAACAGAUUUGACUCACACUUGAAGACGUUUACAGUAUCUCACCGCUUCGUUAAAACCAGCAGCGCCGUCGCUGUUGGCGCCAAAUCAGAUAUUAACUCGUCACUUUAGUUUAACAACAAACGCUCCGUUCAACGUUUCUUUUAGCGGCUUCCUCCCGGGCCGAGCUUUCAUAGCGUCUCUGAUGAGUAGGACUUGCUUGUUCUAGUUUCAUCACUAUGCACCAGUAAGAUGUAAACUCACUUCACACGCUGGACAGCAGACAGAACACCUGCAUGCACACGAUCGACUGUUUUAGGCUGCAAAAUAAUUAUCUUUGCAGAUCAAAUUUAGAUGUUCUAGUCGUGGUGUGUGUGUGCUGCAGUAAUUAUAGGAUUGAAGCAGUGUUCAAAGCUUUUAUCUUGCAUUUAUUUAGGUACAAUUUGACAGGAAGUCGGGGUGUUUAUGCAGAGACGUUCGGCUUAUUAAAGGUGCAAUCAGUAAUAAUUUAGUGGCACAGAUUGCUUGAUUGGUAAACUAGUUCGGCCCAGACCCAACUGAACUCUCCACCGAACUGCUAGCUCACGUGGGACCACCUCACAUGACUCUUUUACUUCUCGAUGGAGGGAUGAAAAGGUGCUAUUACAGGGUUAAAUAUGAGCUGAUGGUUAGAAUGGUACGGUAGAUGUACGGUACGAUACACAAAACCUUUUAGGUUGUCAGGUUUGAUGUGUUUUUGGUUCACUCCGUUUCUAUAAUAUUUUCCUGAACAUUUCCAACAAAUUUCCUGGAAAGAGCUAUGUAGUUUGGUACAAUAAAUAGCUAUCUAAUUAAGCAGGAGGUUUUUAGUGGGAGCUGAAUUAUCCGUAGAGGAGUCCCCCCCCUCAAAUAGAUGGAGCUGCUGAAUAAAACCAGAAACAAACGCUGAAUAAACCAGUUUACCGUUAAAAAUCAGUGUUUUUCCAAUGCGGGGUUACCAGCUGCAAGCUAAGCUGCCAUUAUCUUGAUCAAAAAAACACAUUUUUUCUGGUUUAAGUCGCUGGAAGAACAACUCAACAACAGAUAUAACAUAGGUCUAGUCAUUAUUAGAAACGGUUACAUAUUAUACUUUUAAACGGUGAAAAAUAGAGUUCUCAGUUGCCGCACUUGAAGUUAAUUAAUUCCUGAGAAUCAGCUGAAUAUGCAAAAAUUAAUAAUUCACUCAACAUAUAUGGGCCUAUCUACCCACAGUCUAUACUAAUUAAAUACUUAUUUCCAGGAAACUUUUUAGGAAAUGAUCAAGAAUUAUGAUGUUUUCGAGGAUUUGUUGUUGUAGUUCCGGAUGCGGCCACUAGGUGUAAGUAAAGAGCCAUAUUUUACUGGUUGCACCUUUUUUUUUUACAAAGCAGGAAGAAAGUAGUUUCUUCACCUUUGCUCAUCAAACGUUUUACUAAUCCAUGAAGGUCAUUUUGAUAAUGAUUUUUCAUCCCGAGUCAUCCCGCACCAAACAUUUUAUCACUUGAUGAUUUCCUCUUAAGGCACUUAAGCAGCUCUGCAGUAAAUGUUUUCUGUGAUCAACCGAUGGAACCACGCCGGUUGUGGAAAAUACAACCGUCUUCACUCAAUUUAUGCAUUUUCAGAAUGGUACGUGUCCAAACAGAAGAGAUAAUGUCCUUUUUUCUUUGCAAACAUUAGUGGUUGUAUUGAGUUUGAGGCGGUUCACAGUAAACUGUCUGUGAAUGCUGCCAGCACUGGUAAACCUUAAUACGCACUACCAUUAUGCACUAUCUUUGAUUCACUGAUGCUUUUUCAAGAUUCCUCGUCGGCUGUCGCUGGUGCAGCUUCGUUCAGCGACCUUUUCUUUGCACAUUUUAAAGACUAUUUUUUAUUUUUACACAAGUGUGAUUGUGAGUAUGAGUGUGUUAUCGAAGACUCAGUACAUGAAUGUAACGUCUCAUUUUUUUUUACCGUCAGAUGGCCUCGUUCACCACCAUGGAUUAACUCCUCGGUACCAGUAUUUGUCACCUGCAGACGCUAAGAUACACCUGUAGUUCUCUCUUUAGUCUCUAAAGCCACUGCUGCCACUCCUGGGUGUAUAUGGGUGUGUAUUUGUAUGUGUGUUUGUGUGUGUGUGGGUGUGUGAGGUUGUAAAUGUGCAUUUACUGCAAUUUGUGCUCUUUGGACACUGCGCCCAAAAUGCCUUGAGCAUUAUUGACUGUAGGAGGGGGAGAACAUUAAAACAAUAAUUUAAAAAAAUGAAAUUAUUAAAAAAAAAAAUCAUGUACAAAUGUAUAAAAUGAAAAUGUACCUUUUUUUAAAAAAACAAAACAAAGAAAAGAAAAGUUCACUUAUAUCCCACAUGUUUGGUCUCUGUGUAUUGUAAAAGAAGCCAUGUUUAUAAUUCUAAUUGGUUUGUGACCAAUACGCCUGUUUAUAUCAGAUCUGUAUAUCAGUGGUACGCAUAAUUUUUUAAUAUAUAUUUUUUAUUUUACUUUUUUUUAAAUGGGAGAUUUUAUGCAUGGUUGGGUCCUGAGAGACGCAGCGGUGCCGUUGAAUGGUUGCUGUUUUUUGGCAAAAUUCUGGAGUAUUGCGACAGCUCUGUGUUCAUAAUUCCAACAAUUAUGAAGAUGAAAAACAAUAAAAGAUAUUUAUUUCA